AUGCCAGUCAUCGAGCUGAAUUUCCACUCCUUGAUCACCCCUGUGGGGAUUGUCCGGUUCUUUGAGAUCUUCCUGUCCUGCACGGCCUUCAGUCUGGCGGCUGCUUCGACCCACUUCGAAGGAGCCUCUGGGGCCUGGUGCAUGUUCACCUGGUGCUUCUGCUUCAUCGUGUCUGUUCUGAUCAUGGUGGUGGAGCUGUUUGGCUUUUCUGAGAAGCUGCCACUGUCCUGGGAUGACUUCACCAGUGCCUUUGCCAUGCUGGCAGCGCUCAUGGUCUUCACCUCCUCCAUCAUGUACCCUUCCGCUUCCACCUUCCUCACCGGCACUUGCUCUGACUCCAUUUGUGCUUAUCAGGCAGCAGCUACAGCCAUGUCCUGCGUCUGCUUCGUUGCCUACGCCAUCGAGGUUGGACUGACCCGAUCCAGGCCUGGAGAUAUCAGCAGCUUCCUCGCCACUGUCCCUGGCCUCUUGAAGGUGUUUGAAGCCUAUGUGGCUUGUCUUAUCUUCUCCUUAGUGAGUGACCCCAAGCCAUAUAAAAUCGAACCCGGCCAGCAAUGGUGCAUAGCCGUCUACAGCAUCUGCUUCAUUGUCACGCUGCUCAUCAUCAUCCUCACCAUUGGCCGGUGUCUCACCUACAUACCCUUCCCUUUGGAGAAAGUCCUGGUGGGUUACAACGCCUUGGCUGUGCUCCUGUACCUGACGGCUGCCAUUGUCUGGCCCAUCUUCAACUUCAGAGGGAACCCCAGACCCAAUCGAUGUGGCAGAGAUUGCUCAUGGGACAGACUGCUGGGCGUGACCUUCCUUUCCUUCUUCAACCUCAUCGCCUACAUCGUCGACCUGGUCUACUCCUCCAAGAUGGUCUUUGUGACCAGGACUGCCUAACGGAGCACGAUCAGCUGCACCCUGGGGCGUACAGGCCUGCAGUGGGAGCCAUCAGCACUGAAGUGGUGGGAAGGGACCGGGGCCACCCGUCGCUCAGGGCGGAGCUGUUUUGGCCUCUGCUGUUUUGCAUUUCUUCCCCCACAUCCUUGCUUUAUUGGCAUGUCCAUGCACCAGAGGGUUCUGUGUGUAUUUGAUUUGGCUGCUGCUGCAGGGAAUAAGGGCAUUCCUUGCAGGACAUGUGCGUAGGGGAUGGAACGGGAAGGGAGGGACACGGACAGAACAUGAUACCUGUUGCCCGUGUGUACAGCAACCUGUGAGUGAGCCAUAGAAGAGCGGGGAGGUCAGGAAUGGGGAGAUCCCAAUCCAAAGCCCACUGAAGUCAAUGAGAGUCUUUGCAUUGAUUUCAACAUGUGCCAGAUUGGGCCCUGGAAGCCCAAAGAGCAUCAGGGGGCUGAGGCUGAGGCUGGGUUACCAAAUCCUGGCUAGUUAGUGUGUUGUGAUGCAGCCGCCUGCUGCGACUCGGAAAAAUCUUCCUAUGCCACAAACUCUGGUCUGAAGACAGGUAAACAGCACCCAGGGCUCCCGCCCUCCCUCCAGGAAAUGAAAGUUCGAGGGCUGGGGCUAUGCAAACAGCAGUGUGUGUGCUUAGAGGGCUGGGUGCUGGGCUGGGGGAGGGGAGCAAGCCAGGGUCUGCAGCAAGCAGGGCAUGGCUGGUAGGAAUGGCUGACUGCAGAGCGGUGACGUUGGCAUGGCCAGCCCCACGGUGUGGGGCUAUUUUAUGAUCAAUCAGGCUAGUGUUUACCUACUCUCUGAGGGUCUCACCUUUCCGGGAAGGCUCCCCCCUUACUGGCCCCAUUAGGGCCAAAAUCCACCCUGCAACACAUGAUCCAAAAAGACGCCCUCACUGCUCGGCCGGGCCUCCACUUCCCCUCCCAAUCCCUGGGGCAUGGGAGCUGCCGUUCUAUCCUCCUCCCUACCUAAUAGGCAGCUUCCCCAUUCACGCUCCCCUCUACUUCCCCAUAUUCGCCUGAGCCACACGCACAUCCCCUUAGUCUGGUGCCGCACCAUUCCCUCCCUAUCCCCUUUGGCAGCCCCAUUCCCGGGUCUCCACAUUCUCCGGCCUGACCCACACAUGGCCACCCCCACUCCUGGGGCACCUUGCUUCUUCCCCACUGGGAGCAAUGGGAGGUGGUGGCCAUUCCUGUUGGGGGACCAGAAGGCCCUUGUUCACCUGCAGUGUCAAAGGGACAUGGCAGCCAUCUUGCUGAGGGCAGCCUGUGGCUUCAGUCCUGCUGAUAGUGAUCGGAGAUGGCCGCCAUUUAGAACAGGGAUAAACUGGAAGGCAAAAAUGAAAUGAAAUUUGUGCAAACCUGUACAUGUGUAUGCGUAACAUUGCACAGGGCUGGCUCCAGGCACCAGCAUUCCAAGCUGGUGCUUGGGGCGGCAUUCUGCAAGGGGCGGCAGUCCCUGUGUUUGCGCCCCAAAGCAGCGCAACGAAUUGCCGCUGGACAGUGGGGGCAGUCCGUGCGCCUUUAGGGUGGCAGGCGAGUUUCCACGGUGGCUGCAAUUCAGUGGCAGCUUCUAUGUUUAGCCGUCCGGCAGCAAUUCGGCCGCUGUUUGAGGCAGCGAAAACUGUAGAGCCGGCCCUGACAUUGUAAGGCUUGCAGUCAAAUCAGGGGAGCUGGCACCGGGCCUGGCUUUAAACGCUCUGUGUGUGUAUGUGCACAUGUCUAUGCACAGCUAUGUGUGAAUACACACACGUGUUUCUUCCCAUUCUUUUUCAGUAAGCAAAAAAUGCAUCAGCAUGCACACAGUGUGAGUGCCCCCUGCCAAAGCAGUGCAGGGCUGGUCUACAUUGGGGGGGGGUAUCGAUCUAAGAUACGCAACUCCAGCUACAUGAAUAGCGUAACUGAAGUCGAAGUAUCUUAGAUCGAUUUUCCUCUUGUCCUCAUGGCGCGGGAUCGACGUCCACGGCUCCCCCUGUCGACUCCGCUACCGCUGUUCGCGCUGAUGGAGUUCCAGAGUCGACAGGAGUGCGUUCGGGGAUCAAUAUAUCGCGUCUAGAUGAGACGCGAUAUACUGAUCCCCGAGAAAUCGAUCGCUACCCGCCGAUACGGCGGCUAGUCUAGAUGUACAUAGUCUUCCUGAAACCUGAGCGAUCUCUCCUCGUUCCCCAGUACAGAAGCUUAAAGAUGACGUGCGAAGGAAUUUUUUUAAGUGGAACUUUUGCUCUUUUUUUUUUUUUUUUUUUUUUGCUGCUUUAUGAUUGCAGAAAGGGUGAGCAAGAGAGUGAGUUUUCCUACUUGUUUUGUACUUUAGAAAUCUCAGGACUGUCAUGUCUGGUCUCCCUGGUUUUGCUGAGGGGCGGGGGGCGGGGAGCUAAGGGAUAUAUAGUGUGAGCUCUCACAGCGGAAGCGAAGGGCUGGGUAUGUUGAUCUUUAGCAAAGGCAGCCUUUCCUCAGAAUGUUAAUUGGUCAUUGGAGUUAAAUGUGCCUGACAAUCAACACUCCCCCUCAAAACCCCCCAAACAGUCCGAUUAGACAUUCCUUUGUCUCACCCUCUCAGGUACUCAGCUUUCACUCUCUUGGCUUUUGCAAUGUCAUCAUUUCGCAAGUUCUCCUGUCACCAUCAAAUCUUUCCAAGCCAGGCAGGACUUGAAUUGAAUUGUGAAAAACAAGCAAAAUUUUUUUUUUCAAUGACAAACCCCUUCAGACCCUCUUUAGCCAUCAUAAAGAAGCAGUAAAAGAACACAAGACCAAUGUCUUGUACCCUUUGCCAGGUCACCUUUGGGUUGUGACCUGGAGAGAGGCUGGGGAAGUCUCAGUCCAUGGUUUCUCCUUUGGCUGGUAUCAGCCCUUCCAAGAAAAACUGAGUCAAUGUGAUGGGGAAAGGGUUCCAGGACUUUCCCCAGGAAAGAGUAUCCCACCUCUAGUGAUUAAACUGAUUCUAUCUGAUCUGCUUUGGAGGGGAUGGGGGCGUGGUAUUAAACCUGGACUCUGGUGUGUUGCGCAGCAAGUCAGACGGUAUUAAGGCAAAAGCAACUUCAGUGCAUUUGAUUUUAUAUCCGUCCAAGCCAAGUGGAGUGAGAGCAUGAAGAUUGCAAACCCAUGGAUGGAAAACCCUUCCCUGGCUGCAGCAUUCUUAAGGUACUAGCACAAUCCCGAGCCUUGGACUACACCAGCGAUCCCAGGCAGUGCGCAGGAAGGGCUCAAUCUCAGUUGGGUACUUACCAUGUACAGAGCCGUAACUAGGCCUGGGACGAGCAAGCCUACUUGUGCCCCCUAUCAUUUUGCUUGGUCAUUUUUCUGACCCAUUUUUCCACCCUCCGUGGCUUUGCACCCUGGGCAGCUGCCCCACUAGGCCUGCCCUGGUUACGGCCCCGACCGUGCACAUCACAUGCGUGUGUUGAUUGUUUCUGGGGUCAGGUGCACACUGUAAAUAAAGUUCACUAGUACAGAC